CUGUACCUUUCGACGCACGCGCAUUGGUAGAAAUUGUAUAGGAAAGCGCGUGGGACGCCAUUUUAAUGUGAUGCUUUGUAUUUGAUAAAGGUUUUCAGUGUAAACAACAAUUCCGAAAAAAUGGAUAAGGAACGGCAGAUGCGGUAAUACAGACUCUUUAUGGGAAAGCGAUGUGGCUUAGAAGUGAGAAACGCAACAAACCACGCACAUUUACACUAUGCGCAAAUAAACUCAAGCGGACUUCGAUGAAACGAAGUUGCUGGUCACAAAAGAAGGUGAAGAAUUUGGCCCUUUCGAUAUGCAAUGAUUACUGCGACAGUAAAAAAGAGAAGGUUUUCGUGGUGGGCUGCGUGAAAACCAACGUUUGCAACAAUGUGGAAGUAUCGUCCAAAGAGGAGUGUAAGGAAAACUACGAAGCCCAACUUGUUCCCGACCUUUACGUGUUUCGCAAUUUGGAAAACAACGCCAACAACAAAUGCCCAAAUUUGGACGACUUCGAGACCGUAAUGGACGAGCAUUCCGCAACUAAAAACUUCAACAACACAGUCUUCUCAGUCAAUAUGAACCUACCGAAUACAAGCAACGAGGGCACUUCGGAAAGCUACACGCUCCACGAAAGCCUGCCCAAGGAAAUUGAAUACUCCACGAUCGAAAUCGAUUCAGAUUUAAACAUAAACUGCGCAAACUCCAAGAGCGGCGAUUUUUCCUAUCCGACAUUCUCGGAGAAAAUCUGCGACGCCAUGUACUACGACUAUCAGGCAGUUAAGUCGGAUUACCAGGAAUAUCCUCUGAUAGGCGAUCUGAGCAACGUAAAUACUCAAGACUUUACAACGUUAUUAGACGAAGAAAUGACUAAAAAUACCUUAAUCAAUAUUAAUAGCGUCGGGAAUAACAUAGACUACGAUUUUAAUGUGCAAUACUGUCCGAAUUUACCUAACUCGUCGAUCAUCACUAGCAUAGUACAGCCGACCGGAAGUUUGGAAGAGGAACGGUUAGAUAGAAAUCCGGAGCACGUCGAAGUCGAGGACACGUGGGAGGCUUUCGAUCCGUAUUUUUUUAUCAAGCAUUUGCCGCCGCUUACUUUCGAGAUGCGUUCGAAAUGUCCGGCUCUGCCGCUGAAAACCAGAUCCAGUCCAGAAUUUAGUUUGGUAUUGGACUUGGACGAAACGUUAGUGCAUUGUAGUCUUCAAGAGCUUCCAGAUGCUAGUUUUCACUUUCCCGUACUAUUCCAAGAUUGUUCGUAUACAGUUUACGUCCGCACGCGACCGUAUUUUAAAGAAUUUCUCGAGAAGGUCUCUCAGAUAUUCGAAGUCAUUCUCUUCACUGCUUCCAAGCGUGUGUACGCCGAUAAAUUGUUGAACUUGUUAGAUCCGGAAAGGAAGUGGAUAAAAUACAGACUAUUCCGUGAACAUUGUGUUUGUGUCAAUGGGAAUUAUAUUAAGGAUUUAUCAAUCUUAGGACGCGAUCUCUCUAAGACGAUUAUUGUCGAUAAUUCUCCCCAAGCGUUCGGUUAUCAUCUAAAUAACGGAAUUCCGAUUGAAAGUUGGUUCGUGGAUCGUUCCGAUUCGGAAUUACUGAAGCUUUUGCCAUUUUUACAAGAUUUAGUCGAGAUGAGGGAAGACGUCCGACCGCACAUUAGGAAUAAGUUCAAACUCUUCAGUUACUUGCCGCCCGAUUAAAAGGCGCCACUUUAGAUCUCGUUAGUUGUGGAAUGGGAAAAUGCGAAUUCUGACUGACAUUUGCAGAUUGAAGUGCCUAUUUAUGAAUGUAAUGUGCAAGAGAAUGUUGUGUUUAAGUUUCUAAUCAUGAUCUUCAAUUUUGUGUUGUUAUGUAUAUUUUUUAUUUAUUGUUGAUUCUACACGAGUUGUACUUACGUAUUAAGUCAUUAUUGUUGAAUUAAAUGUAAUCAAAAUUACAUUUUAUCGUGCGCGCGCGUCUCUCGUUUCUUAAGAUGUUAAUCGUUAGUCAGAAUUUUGCAAUAUUAUGGCGCAGUUGUAAAAUACCUACUGUAUUAUUGAUAUAGGGAACAAUAUAACAAGGUAGAUUUAUUCUUGCCACAUAUAUAUAGUUAGAAUGGCAGUAUUGUGCAAAAAUUAUAUUAUUUGUUAUUUUUGUUAAAUUUUAGAAACGUAUACGUAAGAUCUUAAAUCAGUGUUAUUAAUCUUUUAUAUUCUAAUGGAAUACGUUUUAUUUUUUGUUCAAGUACUACGUACAAACACCAGAGUGCUACCGUCGAACGCAUCAAUGAUCACAGUUUUGUAACAUGUUCAGAUCUCAUAUUGCUCCGCAAUUAAAAGCAAAACAUUAUUUAUUUGCUUUUAAAUUUUAAGCAAUUUCAAGGUAAUAGGUUUACUAAAAUAUUUUACAUUCUAGUAUAAUAUAUGUUAUCCAAAGUGAGCUGAUUUGAUACGCGUAGACAUUUUUGUCUGUGAAGCAAUCAUUAAAUCGGCUCCCUUUCCGUAUGUUACUGUUAUGAUUAAAGCAGCAUGCAAUCAUAUGGCAACUAUUUCAAUAAUUUUUCUGUCUCGUCUAUUAGCAAUAACAGCAUCAUUCAGAAUACUUGUAAUGUAUGCACGUAACAUUUUCAAUAAAAUUUUUCUUUACUCGUUA